AUGUCUUUCCUCCUACGGCCAGAAGUGCUAGGCACACUGGGCGCAACAUACCUCCUAACCGUCUUCUACCUCCGCAACUCCCGCAAACACCAAAAACACAUCCAAUACAACCCCAAACCCCUCUCUUCCAUCACCCUCGCCCAAGCCCAAGAAAUCCAACUCUACAUUUUCGAACUCGAGUUUCCCUUUCUCGCCCAAAAAGCUUUGGAAUUCGCAUUAUUCCGCACCUAUGGCAUUCCCUCGAUUUCUUCUUUGCUCAUGCAAACAAAGCAGUUGAGCACUGCAAAACACGCCUCGAAGCGCAUGACAGAUACUUCGGUACUCAUGCUUGAAAUCAUAAAGAAUGCGCCUGCGAGUGCUAGAUCCAGCGAGGCUUUGGCGCGAACGAAUUUUCUGCACUCGCUGUAUGGAAGCAAAAUUUCUAAUGACGAUUUAUUGUAUACGUUGAGUUUGUUUUUGCUUGAGCCGAUACGCUGGAUCAAUGAACACGAGUGGAGGGAAUUGACAGAGAUGGAAGCGGCAGCUAUGGGGCUGUUUUGGUUGAAGGUUGGGCAGGGUAUGAAGAUUGAUUUUUCCUGCUUGCCUGGCGGAAAGAAGGGAUGGGAGCAUGGAGGUGUGUUUGCUGAGGAGUUGAAGGCUUGGGUGGAAGAGUAUGAGGAGAAAUACAUGGUGCCUGCGGAGAGCAACAAGCAGACUGCGGAUUGUACGACUGAGAUGCUGUUGUAUCCUGUUCCGGUGGCGUUCAAGGAUGCUGGGAGGAAGGUGAUUAGUGCGUUGAUGGAUACGAGGUUGAGGAGGGCUAUGCUAUACCCAGACCCGCCGGCAAUGUUGCAGUGGCUAGUCGACACAGGACUCACUGCUCGCAAACUAGUGCUUCGACACUUGACUCUACCCAGACCAGACGCUUCACGCAAACAGAUCAUCGCCGACGAUAUCAACUCCCAUGGCAAGAUCUACAAACUGAUCUGGGACACAGAGCCCUGGUACGUCGAGCCAACAUUCGUAAAUCGCUGGUGUCUGCAAUCGUGGUUAGAUUGGUCGGCAGGCAGACCCAUCCCCGGCGAUGAGGGAGACAAGUACUUCCCCCAGGGCUUCAAGUCUUCAGUCAUGGGUCCGGCGUUUUUGGCUGGCAAAGGAUUGGAACAAGCGGAGAAAGAUGAAGAGCAGAUCCAACACAUCAUGAGACCUGAUGUGACGAUAGCUGGCUAG